GACAGAGGCGAGGCUGCCGGACACUGUUACCACUGGGCCCUCUGACCACCACCAGUAGGCAACCAUGUAUGACACUGGGACUGGGACUCAGUCUGACACUCUCACUGAGCUGUGGCUCUGCCAUACUUGCAGACAAACACUGCUGCAUCUUUCGAUCUGCAAACACUUUAUAGUUUAUUUUACUCUAUUUUUAAUUCUGUGCUUUAAUAUUUUUUUCUUUUGUCAAUUUUGUGUUCUGGUUGAUAUUUUUAGACCCUUUAGCACGGCACAUACACCGAGCAUAAAGUUUUAUUUGGUAUUCAUUACUGCACUGUCAUGACAUCCUUACAUGUUUGACCUGGUAGUUGAACUGUGCGGUGAAUCUAAAAAAUGAAAGCAUUCAGACCUAUUUUGUACCUACAUUAUAAUCAGUCCAGUCCUUUUUGGUUACUUAAAUGAUCCUGUUACAGCUGUGAUAUCACAUGUGUUUCCUGUUGGUCAGCUCUCUCUUGAUAAAGACAUUUUUACUUUUGUUACAUUUUGUUUUUGUUGCUUUUUCCUUUUUAUCCUUCAUAAAAGAAGGAUAUUCAACAGUCACUCUGCCAAAAACAGAUCGCAGUUUCUGCCCUGACAUGUCCUCUCUCAAAAUGAGCUGAUAUCACUCAUGAGAGAAAUGUUUGACAUGUGUUUAAUAGAUUAUAGACCAACGAGUCAUUUACAAUGUUUAAAUAAGGGCAGAAAUGAAUUUUUGGCACAACGCCUGCUCUGAGGCAGCUGUUCUCAGGUGUUCUGCCUCCUGUCAUGAGAAACACAGUUUCCUCACUCUCCCUCUCUGUGUCGUCACUCCUCUCUCUCCCCUCUGUAUUUAAAGUGUGUUUCGCUGUGCUCGGAGCUCUGAAGAGUAUUUCUGCUCUUCCUCAGCGGGUCUUCGGACUCCUCCCUGCCCGGGGAUUAUCAGACAGCCUGAUCCGUGCGGGGGUCUCCAGCAGGAGGAUGGCGCAGAGCGCAGCGCGGAGGCGCCAUGAGAAGCUGAGCUGACUUGGAUCCACUCGGAGGAAAGCAGGAGGAGCACAAGGACAUGUUCUCGGAGCUGAGCGGCUUCAACCUGACCUCUAACCUCAGCGAGCCUUCCUCCGCUCCGGGUCAGGAGGACGAGGAGUGGAGAGACGCGCCGCUGGAGCGGCUGUCGCGCGGAGGUCACGUGGUGGUGUCGGUGUGCCUCGGCUCCAUUAUGGUGUUCGGCUUCCUCAACAACCUGCUGGUGCUGGUGCUGUUCUGCCGCUUCAAGAGCCUGCGGACGCCCGUCAACAUGAUGCUGCUCAACAUCAGCGUCAGCGACAUGCUGGUGUGCGCGUGCGGCACCACCCUCAGCUUCGCCUCCAGCUUGCAGCGCCGCUGGCUGUACGGCCGCCGCGGCUGCAUGUGGUACGGCUUCGUCAACUCCUGCUUCGGCAUCGUCUCCCUGAUCUCUUUGUCCAUCCUGUCCUACGACCGCUACAGCACUCUGAUGGUGUACAACAAGCGGUCGGCAGACUACAGAAAACCCCUGCUGGCAGUGGGGGGGUCGUGGCUGUAUUCAGUGAUAUGGACAGUGCCCCCCCUGUUGGGCUGGAGUAGUUAUGGCCUGGAGGGGGCGGGGACGAGCUGCUCGGUGUCGUGGACUGAGAAGUCACCUCGCUCACAUUCAUACAUUAUCUGUCUGUUUGUGUUCUGCCUUGGACUCCCCGUCCUCAUCAUGGUGUACUGCUACAGCCGCCUGCUCUAUGCCGUCAAACAGGUGGGUCGUAUCCGACGGACAGCAGCUCGUCGGCGAGAGUUUCACAUUCUGUUCAUGGUCAUCACCACAGUGUUGUGUUACCUGAUCUGCUGGAUGCCAUACGGCGUCGUUGCCAUGAUGGCCACCUUUGGCCGGCCGGGACUCAUCAGCCCCGUUGCCAGCGUCAUCCCUUCAAUCCUUGCCAAGACCAGCACCGUCAUCAACCCCGUGAUCUACAUCCUCAUGAACAAACAGUUCUACCGCUGCUUCCUGAUCCUGUUCCACUGUAAACACCCACUGACGGAGGAUGUACAGUCCUCCAUGCCCUCCAAGACCACCAUGGUCCAGCUGAACCGGCGCGUGUUGGAUGGCAGCCCCGCCGGGCCAUCUGGUGCCAAACCCAUUGUGCAGGACGUGGAAGGAAUCAGCGCUGCAGAAUCUGACAAAACCGACCCUGUAGAGCUGCCGCUGCCACCCCUGCCACUGCCUGAAAUCUCCUCCUCCUGACAGCCCUAAGCACUGACUGUUCACUGAGAAGUGGGGCCAGCAAAUGUCUGUUGUUUGAACCCUUCAACCACCAACAUCUCAGCUCAUACUCACACCCAUACUCAUCACUUCUCAGUUUGUAUGUGUUCCAUUUUGGGGAAACAACGAGGUCAUACCCCAGAUGCCAACUGUAUUCAGCUGCUGUAAUUAUUGAUUUAAUAAUGUGAGCUUAACUAAUCUAACAGAAGAGUUAAACCCUGUUUUUGGAUUUAACCGUUGAAAUCAGAGGCUCGGUAGAAAUCAAUAUUCUGCUUGUUUGUUUGCGGCCCUCAGACUUUCAUUACUAAUUUGUGGGUAUUUUUCUAUGGUCUGUGUCCUGUUGGUGUGUUGGGAAUAAAGUGCUGUGCUCUGCUUUGA